AUGGCAGUUGUAAAUACGACGCAUCUUGCAUGUUAUCCUAGGGUGGCGGCGAUGGGACGCGUCACUAUGGCGCGGCGGUUCGGUGCCAAACAGCCGGGCACCCACGGCAGAUGGCCUAACACUGGUGUGUCCCUCACAAAAAUAUCAAUGUGUUUCCAAUGGUGGCCACCCUCCGCUGUUCGCAUCCCCUGCAAGCUGGGGCCGUGGCGGCGAGAGGACGCGUCGGCGAGGCGCGCGGCGGGACGGUGCCACCACGCCGCCCCAAGCCGACGGUCACCUAUGAGAUCGGGGUUGCCAGAUAAUGGACACAUAAAGAUGUAA